AUGGAUUCUCUUGGUGGUAAUAUUUUGCCCUUCGGUAUUGAUGUUCAUGCUCAACCUCUUCUCGCGGGACUAGCAAUUGCCCUUGUUAGCGGGAUUGCCCUGUAUUGCUUAUCGUCUCGCUCCAAGAACGACGGCGACGAGGCUCCUGGCCUCAUAGAGUCCUUUUUCUUGUUCUUUUAUUCUUCUUUUCUGAAGCCUCACCAUGGCAGUGACGAGGCAAACCAUCAGGAUGCCUUGGAGAGCUUCUACAGGACGCAAGCUGGUGCUUAUGAUCCCACUCGCAAGGUCCUUCUCCGAGGACGCGAGGACAUGUUGGGCUUGGCGAUUGCCCAGCUCAAGUCAAAGGCUGGAAAAGCCAUGACUUCGGGAAGGACCCAAUCCAAGUGUGUUUGGGUUGAUAUUGGUGGCGGUACUGGCUGGAAUAUCGAAGCCAUGGGUAGUUUUGUCAAUGUACCAGAGUUCUUCUCUAGCGUUUAUCUCGUGGACUAUUCUCCAUCUCUAUGUGAGGUGGCUCGAAAGAGAUUUGACCGACUUGGGUGGAAGAAUGUAAAGGUUGUGUGCGAGGAUGCUCGCAAUUUUCGUCUUGAAAACUACCAGACGAACACAAGCCCUGCUCAGAACCCUCUCUGCCCUUCAGUACCCGGCGGCUCUACGCAGCAACGCCCCGAGCAUGGCGGUGCUGACCUUGUCACCAUGUCUUACAGCCUGUCCAUGAUUCCUGACUACUACUCUGUCAUCGACUUGGUACCCUCUGUACUCUCUCCCCACGGCAUCUUCGGAGUAGUGGACUUCUAUGUCCAGAGCAGGGCCGACUUUUCAUUCCGCAACUACACUGGCGGUGCAUUGGGCCGCCAUGUCAACGCUUUGUCUCGCAUGUUCUGGCGCGCCUGGUUCGAUCUCGACCGUGUUGGUCUUGAGCCUAGCCGUCGUGACUACCUCGAGUACAAGUUUGGCACCGUCCUCAACGUCAACGACCGCAACAAGGCGUUAGGAUACAUCCCCUACUAUGUAUGGAUCGGUUGCCAUAAGAAGCUCUUUGCCCCUCCGAAUCUGCCUCACGAGAUUAUUGAGCGGGUUGACGCCUUGGCAACGGAAUCACCUUACCUGUACCCGGUUCAACAAGGCGACGCAUCGACCCGGGCGGUUGAGAGGUUGGCUCCCGAGACUCGUUCCAAAGCUUUCAGCUCCGCGGUGCAAAACCUGUCGGCCAACCUACCCCUUCCGUCCUUCUUCUACCAGAACCACCACUGGCGCAUCUACUAUGACGACCAGCUGCAGAAGCACACCCAGUUCAACGACGAGUACAUUUACGCCUUUACGUGGGAAGAUGCUCGCGUUGAUGAGCGCAUCCUGAGGCUGGGGCCCGAGGACAAGGUCUUGGCCAUCAGCUCCGCUGGCGACAACAUCUUAUCCUACCUUGCCCAAAGCCCAGCUCGCGUGCAUGCCGUUGAUCUGAAUCCUACCCAAAACCACCUUUUGGAGCUCAAGGCUGCCUGCUACACCGCGCUCACUUACGAGGACUUUUGGAAGAUUUUCGGCCGAGGGAAGCACGCUGGUUUCCGGGAUUUGCUGAUCAACAAACUUUCUCCUCACCUGUCUUCUCGGGCGUUUCAGUUUUGGCUCAGCAAGGCGGACGUGUUCCAGAACAAAAGGAGCCGCGGCCUCUACGACACGGGGGGCUCUCGCCAUGCCAUUCGAGCAAUGCGUUGGGUUUGCCGUCUCUUUGGUCUCCGUUCCAGCGUGUCCAGGCUGCUCGAGGCCAAGACGCUCAAUGAGCAGCGCGAGAUCUGGCGCCAGAAAAUCCGUCCAGCCCUGCUCUCCAAAUUCGUGUGCAACCUGGUCGUUGCGCAGGAAAGCUUUCUGUGGAAUGCGCUCGGGGUCCCAAAGAACCAGCUCGCCAUGAUUGAAAGGGACCAUGCCAACUCCGAGCUCGUCAAGGGGGACCGGCCCGUCGCCAAAAACACCCGGUCCCACGCCAUCUGGCACUACAUGGUGAACACGCUCGACCCUAUCGCGGAAGAGACGCACAUAGCUCAAGACAAUCCUCACUACUACGUUUGCCUGGCCGGCAGCUUCUCCCGAAAGUGCCACCCUCACUACCUCGCACCUGAAGUCCACGCCAAGCUUUCCAAGCCCGGCGCCCUGGACGGUCUGCGCAUCCACACCGACGAGCUUGACCAGGUCCUUGCCCGCAUCAGCCCAGGCACCCUCACCGUCGCUGUCGUCAUGGACAGUAUGGAUUGGUUCGACCCAGGCUCGCCUGCUGCUGCUGCUCAGGUCGCCAAGCUCAACCGAGCGCUCAAAAUGGGCGGCCGCGUCAUGUUGCGAACGUCGGCCCUUGUGCCCUGGUAUAUCAAAGUGUUUGAAGCGCACGGCUUCACGGCCAAACGACACGGCGCCAGAGUCGACGGCGCCUGCAUUGACCGCGUGAACAUGUACGCCAGCUGCUGGGUCUGCACCAAGGUCGGAAACCUGCCACCUCCGACUCCUGAAAUGGACCGCAUCGGCGGUCUCGAGAUGCCGAUCUUGACAAUAUGA